GUGUGGCGGUGCAAUGCCCAUCUAUCCCAUACCAGGGCUGCGCUGCGUCUUGAAAUGAAUAGGGUAGGGGGUCGAGAUGGGCGUCGUAUCGGUAGCUGCAGUGUGACGUUCGUUUGGACCCUGGCCCCCACACCUUGGCGGCAGACUCAGUUGGCACGACUGGAUACAAGAGUCCAACACUGACCCACCAUCCAAGGCUGCCAUACCCCAUCCUUCCAUCUUACCCUCACAUUCGCCCCUGGGGAUGAUAGCCUUGACAUGUCGGAGAGGCUUUUCUCCAACAUCCUCGCUAUCCCACAUAGCCGGCCCAUCAAUACCGCGGCGCCUCUUCUCAACAUCCCGCCUACGCCGCGUAGACGUCAAGUCCACCCUACCCUCGUCUGCUGAGCCCAUCAACCCCAAGCAAGCGUUCGAGAAGCUCAAACAAGAGCAGAAGAAGCGCAUAGACGAUGGCGACCGAGGCUACCUCGCCUUCACUAAGGCCUCCCUCUUCAAGCUCACCCUACCUCUCGCACCGCCCGAUGCGGUGCAGGAUCCCAACUCUCCCACGUCAAAGGCAUCCUCCCCACUCGCCCGAACAUUGAUGGACGAAGCGCAAGCCGCGGCUCAAAGCGAAGGACAAAAGGAGGGGGAUCUUCACAACGCAGAAAGCGAGAACGACAGCGGGCCCCUGGACCCGGAACCUUGGGAGUCGAGAGUGGAGAGAGGUCAGUCCGUAUCUCAAGUCGAGUCCGAGUCAGCUUCGACCGAGGUCAAGAGAAAAGGAAAGGGAGGUACCACAAAGUCGUCUUCUCAUUUGCAUCAAGGGGAGCAAGGAGAACCAUCGGAGGACAUUUCGACUGAAUUCGAUGCCAAAGCACCAGCAAAGAGCGUCGUCUUCCUGCUGCACUCGGCACAGCCUCUCAGCUACGUUGCCUCGCUCAUCAAAGCCGAACAGCCUAGCUACAUCACGGCAGAGAUGAACAGAGAAGCUUCUGCGGAAUCGUCCUCACCUACAUCCAACGAAGACCGUGACCAACAACGUCGCGACGUCUCCCUCCCCUCGUCUCAACAGUACGAGCCCUCCAUCUCCUUCCACACCCGCUCAGGGGACGGGAAACGCUGGUCUCCCGCAACGGGAAUUGGCGACUUUCUCCGCGAUGCUGCUCGGGUAGGAACUUUCGUCGUGCGCAUCGGCCAUCGCAACGUAAGGGUCUCCGUUCCCAGCUUUGAGGACAGGACCAAGUUCUUGAGGGCGUCAUUGUUCGCCAAGACGGGUAGGAUAGAGAGCAUGGCGAAGCUGAAGGCCGAGUGUGAUCAGUUGGCUCAAACUGGUACGCGUAGCUUGGCCAUCGGUGGGGCGUGCUUGGGGUUCGCAUGGUGGUUCGUGGUCUGCUACGUUACCUUCGUCAAGGUAGAGUACGGCUGGGACCUUAUGGAACCCGUCACCUACCUUGUUGGCCUUGGAGGCCUUCUUGGGACAUGGAGCUGGGUGCUCAUUCAUAAUCGCGAUGUAAGCUAUCGCGCCGUGCUGAGCGAGACGACCUCCCGUAGGCAGGCGAAACUCUACAUGGAGAAGGGCUUCAAUGCGGAGCGCUUCCGUGAGCUCGUCGAUGAAGUCAGGGAGCUGAGGCGGGUCAUCAAGAAUGUGGCUGAGGACUAUGAUUUGGAGUGGGAUCAAGGAGGGACGAGCAGUGGCAAGAAGCACAAGAAGGCUCUCGAGGCUGUGAGGAAGAAGGAGGCGCUCGAGGAGUCCAAGAAUGAUGGCAAGAAGCGUUCCAGGAAGGAAGAAGAUGAGGACGAGGACGACAACGAAAAGGAAGAAGACGACCAAGAUAAUGAGGCUGGGCUGGACGAGGAUGCGAAUGGUACGCCAGACGGCAAGGAUGAAGGGCCAAAAAAGCCAAAGGGCAAGGCGCACUGAGAUGAGGCUGUGCGGCCAAGGAAGACGUGAACGUGGGAAAAGCUGGAGGCUUCAACUGCGUUGAGAUUGUUGCUAAACGCUUGCUAUCAAACAUGCCCGCAUCCGCGACGAGCGGAGGCCGCGGCGAUGAGGAUGAAUGGAUCGAGCGCAGCCCAGGCCAAAAGGAUUAAUUAGGUACCCGCAGUGACGCCCUGUCGUUGGCGAUAGUCGUGUGAAGCCGAAGGGGCAAUACGGGCCGUUUCGUGUGAUCCAGUCUCCAUCCUCCUCUCUCAUGACGAUAAGUGACCACUCAUCCUUGCUCUAUCUUGGAACUUUAACCACGAAUGAGCUGCUCUCCUCGAUGCG